AAAGAUGGAACCUUGAACCAUGAAGAGCUCUGGACUGCUUUAUUCACCUUUAUGGUUUUUAAAAUGAUUCUCCACUCUUUGCCGUGUUGAUUUGAUGGACUGUGGAUCGUGGAUUUUUGUAUUUGCUGUUAUCCAUUGAGGGUUUUCUUUUCUUCCUCCACUUCUUUGGGAUAUACUGCCAGGAUACCACUGGUGUGUGUGCGCGUGUGCACUGUGCCAUGCCCACAGCUGGUAGCCCUGUGGCCAGAGACUGGGGUACAGCAUGAAGGGGGGCCACCACCGCCGGGGCUGCGCCUGUCCCCACUUGUUCCGAAAAGUCCUGGCGAAGUGUGGCUGCUGCUACGCCCGGGUCCGAGAGUCAUACUCAGUGGCAGGCAGCGAGGGCAGCAUCUCCACCUCUGUGACCUCUCUGCCCCCCCAGGCCUCAGGAAGCUCUGCCCCCAGCUCCCCUGGCUCCCGCCGCUCUGUCAGCACCCUGAAGAAGUGGCUGACAAAUCCCGUCCGAAAACUGAGCGCUGGUGGCGGGGCUGGGGGCGGGGCAAAGAAUGAGCGGCAGGUCCGCAGGACAGAUGGCAAGCCACCCCCUACCCGACAAAAUCAGGACCUGGUGACCACAGGGAGACAGGAAGAGGGGGUUACCAUCCUUCCCAAUGCAGACAAAGAGCUGGAAUGGAGUAAUGGAGCAGGUAGGCACGUGGGUCCCACGUCUCAAAACUACCUGUCAGAACUGCUGCAGGGGGCUGGUACACCCACACACAUACAGGAUAACCAGUCUACCAAUCCACUUGGAGAUGAGGAUGGUUCCACCGUAAUGGAUGACACAUCCAGCCAAUCAUCAGCCACGAUAGACAGCGAGGAAGAAAGAAGGAGUGCCUUAGAGAAGAGCAUGUAUGUUCUUAAAGAACUCAUAGAGACGGAAAAGCUGUAUGUGGAUGAUCUAGCGCUCAUAGUGGAGGGGUACAUGGCCACUAUGAAUGCCAAGGGGGUGCCCGAGGACAUGAAGGGAAAGGACAAGAUUGUAUUUGGGAACAUUCACCAGAUUUUUGACUGGCACAAAGAUUAUUUCCUGGGGGAGCUGGAGAAGUGUUUGUCUGAGCCAGAGAGACUGGCCCAGCUCUUCAUCAAGCAUGAGAGACGCCUCCACAUGUAUGUGGUCUACUGUCAGAACAAACCCAAGUCUGAGCACAUUGUGUCCGAAUAUAUAGAGACCUACUUUGAGGAGCUGAAGCAACAGCUGGGACAUCGACUGCAGCUGAACGACCUGCUCAUCAAACCUGUACAGCGAAUCAUGAAGUAUCAGCUCCUGCUGAAGGAUUUCCUAAAAUACUCCACCAAGGCAGGGAUGGACACAGCAGAGCUAGAGAAAGCGGUGGAGGUGAUGUGUUUUGUGCCCAAACGCUGCAACGACAUGAUGAACGUGGGGCGACUGCAGGGAUUUGAGGGGAAGAUCACAGCACAGGGGAAACUGCUCCUACAGGAUACGUUCACUGUGACAGAGCAGGAGAGUAGCUUCCUGUCUCGUGCCAAGGAGAGGCGGGUCUUCCUGUUCGAGCAGAUUGUCAUCUUCAGUGAGCCAAUCGACCGGAAGAAAGGCUUCUCUCUCCCAGGAUACAUCUUCAAGAACUGCAUUAAGGUCAGCUGUCUGGGAGUGGAGGACAGUGUGGACGGAGACCCCUGCCGCUUUGUGCUAACCUCUCGUGGAGCAGACGGGAUAGUAGUGCAGUUAGUCUUGCAGGCGGCCACACCUGAUAUCCGCAGAGUCUGGGUCAGCAAUGUGAGCCAGAUCCUUGAAACCCAGCGCAACUUCCUGAAUGCCCUGCAGUCUCCGAUUGAGUACCAGCGGCGUGAGAGCAAGUCCAACAGCCUUGGCCGCGCCAUGCGGGCCCCCAUGGCCUCAGCCUCUGCCCUUCGCCCUCACUCCUCCGCCUCCAUCGACCGUCACCGCCUGCCCUGCUUGCUCUCCUGCAACACCUCUCUGCCUUCCCUCUACCUGCCCAGUCAUGCCCCCUCAGACCUGCACCCCCAGCUUGAGUCUUCAAAAGCACAACACACCCUCCUGGAAUCGAACCUGGAUUCCCAGAUGGUGUCUCCUGCCCAUGUUCAUCUGGCUUUCACCGAGCAGCCUUCCCUACCCGUGGAACCCCAGCACUGCCUGGGCAUGUCCAAUGGGCUAUGCACACAGAAAGCAGACGAGGGCUGUCAUGGCGUCUCAUCCAGAGAGGAGGACCAUGCUGGACCACAGAGAUCUGGCCACCUGGCCCACCCAGCCGAAGAUGAUCUGUAAACGCAGAGACUCUGUCAGGAGCUCGCCGCUUGCCGUGACCUUCACUCUUCACGCCUCCAUCUUUGAGAUCAUCACAGGCUGACAAUAAUGUUUCUUGAUAUUAUUGUUGUGGUGGUUGAUGUUAUUUUCUAUUUUGCAAGUUUUUUCUUUUUUUACAGAGCGAGGACAACCUGCUCAUGUUUUGUUCUUUGUUUUUGUAUCAAGCCAUUUGGGAUCAGACAUUCUGCAAGAUUUGUGUUUUUUGUCUUUUACUCUCUACCACUUUAUUUCACAGGGCAGCAUGAUUUGUUCAAGGGAAAAAAGUCAAUUUCUGAAUUGGGAGGUCACUGAAGUAGGAACGUGUGUGUGUGUAUGUGUGUGUGUGUGUUUACAUGUAUGCAUGUGUGUGUGUGUGUGUAUGCUCGUGUGUGCAUGCGAGUAUGUGUGUGUGUGUGUGUGUGUUGUUGAAAAGUGGCCUCUUUCACUAGAAGCACAUGCUGAAUUUCUUCUUGCCAAAAUACUCCACCAAUAGGAGGACACCCUCUGCACAGUUUUUAUCUAGCUCUGGCUAGAUUCCUGACUCUCUGGCAUGGCCUGGGUGAGCUGACUUUCAGAGUGAGACCACAGGAGGCAGCUCAACCAAAGCAACUCAGCACAGUGCCUCUUCCUCCACCCAAAGCAUACCAAAAACCAGGGUACAGCAAGGGGAAACUGCUGUUUCAACAUUUGUAUAUUUGUGGAUUGAUGACACGUUGGGAUUCCUGCUCCACAGAAUGCUUUACCUGCUGUCUCCCCAAGGGGGCUCUCGGUCAGGCUGACCCUGUGUGACUGAGGUGGAGGUUAUGGUGAGCGCGGGUGGAAAAGCAGACCACGCAGCCUCUCUGCAAAUGCUCUGCAGAAGCUUGGAGGUAACCCAGAGGUGCCUGUCAUCGGACUGGGCCACCUGAGCUGAUGAAGGCCAUGACACUGCUGGUCGCAUGGGUGACAGAGUGACAGAGUAUGAGGGACAAUGCAGUCGCACUAGGGUACACAUAUACCUGGGCCAGUAGAGAGGGAGGACCCCUGUCAAGCUGUUUGAGGGACAGGAAGAAUUUUCUGUUGUAAAUAUCUUUUAUUUCCAAAUGUAAUGGAACGGUUUAGGCUGCUUAAAAGGCCAGUUGCUUACCAUGAAAAGACACAGAAGCAGCCUUUGCAAUGAGGACAAGCUGCUGUGGAGAAAGGCACAGAGCAUCUGUAUUCUGCUCAAAAAGCAGUGUACAGACUGAAAAAUGAUGGACUUUAUCAUAUUGCAUACAUACAGGAUAUGCAUAAGGCAGACAUUGUGAAGCCUUUUGAGUCAUAGAUGCUCUGCCCCCUUUAUGAAGCACAAUAAAUCCUUGCCUUUCUUGUAUCAGCUACUUCCGUGUCUCUUUCUAUACAUCUUCUGUUGACCUGGUCAGUAGGUGGUCAGCAUUGCUGUUUUAUGUGAUAUUUCUGCUUAUGAUGGUGUAUAGACAAGAAAGAAAUGUUAAAGAAUUGUAGUAUGGUGCACACAGUCCAUUCAGAAAAUCCACAGUCAAGCCUCUCUUAGGACUACUUCGAGUAACAGUUUAAAGCAUAUAUUUCUCAAGGUUCAGCAGUUGCUGAAAUUAACGUUUAAAUUGUGUAAAUCCUUUUGCUCAAAGCUAAGGACAGCACAUUAUGGGUGGACUGAAUUGCCUUGAUGGUCCGCAAAGCUGUUGACACUAGCACCUGCUGCUGUCUUCCCAAAUCACAGAACCAACACUGCAGUUGUCUGCUUAUCAUACUGGGGCUUCUGGUUCAGCCAAUGAGAGCAGGAAAUUUUACCGGUGGCUUUCAGUGAUAAGAGUGAAGAUGCUGUAUGCUUUACCCUCAUACUAAAUCUGAGAGAGGAGAGAGGCAGUGUGCUUUCCUUACCUCAAGGGACUUACAAAACAUAAUCUGGCAUUCAGUACAAUGCACCAUAUAAAUGUAAUAUAAAUCCACUGUAGGGAGCAGAGCUUAGAGUAUUUAUCAUUCUAAAAACCUGCAACCAAUUGCCUGGACUGGUGUUCAGUUGUGUGAGGGGUGUUUUGCUGUAUUUUUCAAGGGGUCUGUUGUCUGGGGAAAUUAAAAUGUGAGAUCAUUCAGCACUUCUGAGAUAUCAGCAAGAUUAUGUAACUGAGAUCAGAGGGUAACAGUGUCCUUGCCAAGAGUCAGAUGAGGGUAUUUCCUAUGACUGAGAAUGAAAACAUCCUGGUUUCUAACAUGGAUCCUAAAAACUACAAGUUGAACUGCUACUGCAGAUGUAUUUCAUUUUAGUUUUUCUUUGUUCACAUAUAAUGUCAAAUAUAAUGUCACCAAUGAGUGCCCUAAAUAGCGAUUGCCUUCUAUGGUCUUUAUCAUGUAGAUUUUUAAUUACAGCUACAAAUUUGAAGAGCUGGAAUUUGACCAGUAGUCAUUUAAACCAGGUUUUAAUACGGGACUUGUUACAGUAUAACUCAAUAGUCUAGUAGCGUUCUGUAUCUGGACACCUGGUGAGUUGUCAGGUGGUACUGAAUUGGGCCAGAGGCUAAACUUCAAGAGAGAGGAAUACACUGAAUCUCUGCAGUCUUGCAACAGAAACGUUUUUGCUGACAUUUCGGUCAGUGACCUUCAUUGGAGCAAAAGAAAAGGUCACUGACCGAAAACAGCAGAAAGAAACGAACAGAACAAGUUUCUUUGUUGCAAGACAUCAGUAAUGCAGCGGUUCUCUCCUCCUGAAGCUUUGACCUGCGAUGAUUACAUUUAUUUUCCAGUGGAGGGAGCCAAAGACCUUUGUCCUUGACUAUUUUGUGACUUGAUCACUAACAAUAAUUAAACCAACUGAAUCUAGAUCUCAGGUUCCAAAGCUGAUUUGUGUCAACCCCACUCCACUUACUAUGUACAUCCUACCCCUUAAAAAACCUUGGGCAAUUUCAUUUCUGCUCAUUAGUUCUAUUGAAUUUUCAUCCUUCCAUGAACUUGAGGUUUUAAAACACUCCCUUGUUACAGUCAAUGCCAUAGAAAAUACGUGCCCCAGGGCUGACCCUGAGUUUCUACAACAUUGAACACUAUCUUAAACUUGCUCUUGUGCAUGCUUUAUUGAAAAAUACCACACGAAAAGAAAAUUAACAGGAAUAUGAAGAAGAGUGGUAGAUU